CGAUGAGAUCUGUGGUAACAGUGUGCGUCAAAAAUUUUGUUGUGAUCGCUUUUCCUUUUCUCAACAAACGUUUUUAAAAUUAUUAAUAACAGGUUAAAAAUUACAUUUUAAAUUAUGGAGGUGAAGGAAUGCAAUGAUCUCUCGGAGGAAAAUCAAUUCAUUGUGGACGAUGUGAGCAAAAUUAUUAAAGAAGCUAUUGAAAACUCUAUCGGUGGUACUGCAUAUCAACAUAACAAAGUAAAUCAAUGGACAUCUGCUGUGGUGGAGUCUUGUUUGGGUCAAUUGACGAAAUUGCAGAAGCCUUAUAAAUAUAUAGUGACAUGCACAAUAAUGCAAAAGAAUGGCGCAGGACUUCAUACAGCCUCAUCCUGUUUCUGGGACAAUAAUACCGAUGGAUCCUGCACUGUCCGCUGGGAAAAUAAGACUAUGUACUGUAUUGUUUCUGUAUUUGGCCUCGGUAUUUAAUAUUAUUGUAAUAAUUGACAAUCUAAGUUAGUCUAUUGCAUAAUUAAAUUUCCAUUACAUCUCUUGCUUUAUUGUUUAAAAAGAAUGCAAUGCACUGAAAAAAAUUGUAGUACUCACAGAAUAUAGUGUUAAUUUAAAGCAAUUAUAAUUAUGAGCAAAUUUAGUGAUUGCAAAAUUAAAACAAUGCUAAUCUGUGUCAGAUAACUUUGAUCUAGCAUAUAGCCAACUACAAAUAAUUUCUUGUAAUUAACUACUUUCAGUGACAAAAUAAAUUGUUACAAAUUAUGGAACUUUCACCACCUACAAGCCUGCCUUUACAUUUCUAAUUUUAAUUCACUAUCAUAUUCAGUCAUCAUCUAAGUUAUAUUCAUAUUCAUAAAUAUUUACUGUUAUGAACUUAAAUAUGUAUGUAUAGUAAAUGUACAAAUAUAAACACUCCUGUCAGUACUUAUAGUAUUUUAUUUUGCAAUAGAUAAUUGUCAUAACUUUAUAUGAAUAUUAUUUACAGCCUUAUUACUUAUAAAAUUACAGUUGUGGAGGCAGUCCAAUAUUGUGGUGUAAUCUUCACCUUAUACAGUUUAAUGUAUAACAUUUAUUGCAUUACAAUGCUAAACAAUCAUUAAAGUUAUAUGAUUUGGAACAAUUAAACCUUAAACUUUUAUAGUUAUACUUAAUUUUAAGUAAGUAGGAUAUAUUUUCGUACUAAAUAAAUAUAUAUAUUUAAAACCAA